AUGGGGAAGAAGCGGCAGUACGAAGAUGGAGGAGGGCCUGGUCCUAUCUCGGCAGCUGCUCGACCACGACCAGGCAUCCUAGAUGACGAGGACAUUCCAAGGCCCAAAAAAGUCAAGCCACAAAACUUGGAGAAGUUGAGUCUCGAAGAACUUCACCAACGAAAGCAUGACUUGAAACAGGAGGAAAACUAUCAAAACAUGGUGAUGUCCAAGAAGAAGCGUGGACCGUACAGUGCCAGUGACAUCCGAGCAACGUAUACUCAAGUUCUUCGCUUUCAGUACCUCCAGAAGGAGGUGGAUUUGGAGAUCGAGCGACGGGAUGCCCGGAAGGAGAAACAGGCGGAACAGAAAGCUAUGAAGCGAGCUCAAGCGGAGGAAGCCCAACGUGCCCGCAGGGCAGCGCUCAUGGCGGCUGAGCAGGGCUUUGAAGGCGAUAUGCCUGGUGUGGCUUUGCCACCGGAAGCGGGCUAUGGAUAUGGUGGUGGUGGCUCGUCGCAAUUUCAAGACUUCCAUUCGAUGGGAAGCUUCACCAGCAGUGCAGGUGGGUCAAUGGCAAGCUCGGAGCCGUCCAGCAGCAUGGGCAGCUUCUUCGCAGGCGCACCGAGUGGAAGUGCCAGUAGUUCGAGUCACUCAAUGGCGCCUCAAGGGCCAGGUGACGCUCCGGGAUUCUUCAAUGCCGACGCCGCUAGCAGUGCCGCUGGUGGUGCUGGCGCUGGAGCUCCAAUGAAUCCAAUGCUGAUGAUGGCACAGAUGAUGCUAGAGACGCAAAAGAAGCUUAAAGAGGCUCAGGAAAAGAUGAUGAAGGUACAGGACCUCAACAAGUGA